CCUUCGGGGAAUGGUGCAACCUGCAGCCGAAAGAUGCUGCCAAGAUGCCUGAGAGUGCCUGGAAGCUGCUUUUCUACACGUUAUCCUGGUCGUAUGGCAUCUACCUGCUCUUCUUCACCGACUACCCCUUCUUCUACGACCCACCGUCUGUCUUUUAUGGCUGGAAGAAGGGCAUGGACGUGCCCACAGACAUCGCCAUCGCUUACCUGUUGCAGUGCAGCUUCUACGGACACUCCAUCUACGCCACGGCCUACAUGGACACGUGGCGCAAGGACUCUGUUGUCAUGCUGCUUCACCACGUGGUCACACUGACCCUCAUCGCCUUCUCGUACGCGUUCAGGUACCACAACGUGGGCAUCCUCGUGCUCUUCCUGCAUGACGUCAAUGACGUGCAGCUGGAAUUCACCAAGCUCAACGUCUACUUCAAGCACCGGGGGGGAGUCUAUCAUCGCCUCAACGACGUCAUCUCCAACAUUGGCUGCCUCACCUUCAGCAUCAGCUGGUUCUGGUUCCGUCUCUACUGGUUCCCCCUCAAGGUGCUCUACGCCACUUGCUACUCCAGCCUCCAGUCGGUCCCUAAUAUCCCCUUCUACUUCUUCUUCAAUGCUCUGCUCCUUGUCCUCACUCUGAUGAACAUCUACUGGUUUCUGUACAUCGUCCUGUUUGUGGCCAAGGUGCUGAUGGGGCAGGUGCAAGAGGUGAAUGAUGUGCGCGAGUACGACGUGGAGGACAGCAAGAAAACCACAACGGCCAAGAAGAAAGAGGCUGGACUCCUGCUGCCCAGUGCUCUGAAAGAAGGGAUGCACCUGAAGAAUGGACUUGUGAAAGACAAGCGGUUAUAAGGGCAGUGCGGCUGCUGCAGCCUGGGCAGCCUGGCUGGAUCUGGGGACUGACCCAGGACCCUGCACUCAAACCCAGCGAAUGAAAGGCACAAGGAGAAGAUCUUCAUCCCCGAUCCCCCUUCGUCCCCUGCCCGGAGCCGGGGAAGAGAUGCCACUGACAGGAUCAGGCCCCUCCUGGGGCUUUGCCUGUGACCAGGCUUCGCCUGAUGCUGAUGUGCUUUCCGUGGCCAGUCUGUGCUGGUUCAGUUGAGAGGCUGGUGGCUUUGCUGGUCCAGGUAGGAUUUGGAGCUGGCUUUAGGUCCCCUGGUGUUUCUUCUGUCACUCCAUCCCCCGGCUAUUCGCAGCCCCUUUGUGAUUUCCCCUCUUUAUUGUUGGACACCCCCCCCUGCCCCUUCCUCAGCAGCCCUUGAGGGCUUCUCUGACCCAGCAUCAAACUGGGGAGCACAACGGCCUCUCCACUGGCACCACCAUCCCAGACGAGGGGAGCCCAAAGCCAGCUCUUCUUUAGCAGCCGAGCAGGGACUAGAGAGGCGAUGAUGCACCUCUGAGCCUUCCUCCUCAGGAGCGGUCACUGACACAGAGCUGCCCGCGUAGAGCUGGGGCCACAGCACCGUUCCCACGAGCAGGUCUGCCUGGAAACCCAGCCCUGGAGCAUUAGUCCAGCCUUCUGACCUGAGGGAUGAAGGCCGGGAGAUUUAAUCUGCUUAAAAAGCCUGUGUGAGUCCGAUAGUUGCUUAAAAAGCCAGUCCCAGUCCCUCCGAGUCCCCUGCUGAGGGAUCUCUAGACUCUCACCCUGCAAUGGCUGUUUGCUCGAGUAAAGAACAAAUAGUUUCUGCUCCCAUGGUUGGUUUUCCAGGCAGGACCAGUGCUGGGCCGAGCUGUGUCUGUUCCGGGGAGCCCUGUGGGUGUUACAGCCCCUCAGACCAAGACUGUCCCGUUGUCACUCUCUGCUCACAGGGCAACUGAGCUUCCUCCCAGCUGCGGACUUCAGGCAGCGCAGGGGGGAUUCAGGGCAUUAACUCCAGGCAUCAGAGGGUGGUUAAUUCUUUGGGUUGGUUUGUUGUUUGUUUUUUUUUUUUUCUUGUUUGGUUUGUUGUAUUGAUUCAACUCCAGGCUCAUUGUUUGAGCCACAGAGAAAGUUCCUCAGUAAACAGAAAGCAAAAUGUGACUUGGGCUGACAGAAACUGUCCCAAGCUGUGGCAGGAUCCGUCAUCUUCUCGCUCGUCAUGGUCCAGCAGGAUUUCAGGGGGGUUCCUUGGCUUUCAAGUGGGAUUUGCAGGAAGGAGGGAAUGAAGGGGACCGAUAUCCCAGGCCUCUCUGCUUGGUCACAGCAGGGUUGGGGCCGUGACGGUGCUGAGUUGGGGUAACGGUGGUCCCUAGUCAGCAUGUGUGUGGCUAAACUGAAUUUUAUAGUAUUGACCUGUCUAGGCUGCAGGAUUUAACUGGGUAACUUGUUGGCCAGCAUUGUGUGUGAGUAACAUCGGGCGUGCUGCGCGGGGAGGCCACGGGGCUCCCUCUGCCUGGCUGGGGCAGGGACCCUGCACACGGGGUGGGUGCUGGGGGUGGGUGCUGGUGGCUUUCCGUGCUGGUCCUGGGGCUGUGUGAGAGUUUGGUGAUUUGGUGUGCUGGAAGUUGAUGGCUUUGAGAGAGAAGUGUUGGAUGCUGUGACUGGGAGGGGAAAAAAAAAAAAGCUGAUUUGAGAGGAGGGAGCA